UUAUAAUGUUGGGAGCUAAUAAGUUGAAGCCUAAGUAUGGUAAACUGAAGGAUUUCUUACCGCUUCCAGCCAGUUUCAAUAGAAUCCAUCGCUUUCAGAAACAAAAUUUUGCUAUCAUUGCCGUAUUGUUGAUAUUUGUUUGGAUAAUUUUGUAUCCACUUCACGGAUUCAGUGGACUUUGGAGUCAUAAUUCGAGUAGCAGAUACCCAAGGGGACAUCCAUUGACCAGCCCUCAUGUCAUUGAAACACCAUCCAAGUAUAUCUAUCCACCUAUUGAACAUGCACCAUUGUUAAAAGAAUUGGGGAUUCAUAAAUUGGUGAAAGAAUCAAAAGUCAGAGAUGCUAACUUUCUUGAUAUUGAAAAAACAGUAAUCAGAUCUCUUAAUAUAUUUGAUGAUCCAAACCCAGCCCAACAAAAAAUCAAGGAAGAUGAAGAAAAUUCCUUAUCAGAUUUAGCCAAAGCUAAAAAUUACUUCAAGAAUCAAGACAAAGUUGUAUUCAAGCCAAAAAAUCCAAAAAAUUAUCCCGAUGUCAUCAUUGUAACUGCAGUUGAUUUCGAAAGAUAUUCUUUGGAUGCUUUAACCAAACUUGUUCAAAAUAGAGUUGAUUAUGCUCAUAAACAAAGCUACGGUAUGUACGUUCGUUGGUAUCAAGAAUUCUUACCAAUUUUAAACUCAUUAAGUUAUCUUCAAACAAAGGAAAAGGCUAAAUGGGUAAGGCUUUACUGUUUAAGAGCAGCCAUGUUUGCAUUCCCUGAAGCUAAAUGGUUCUGGUAUCUUGAUCAAGAUGCUUUUAUUAUGGAUCUUAAUAUUAAUUUACAAGAAUAUGUAUUAUCACCAGAAGCUUUAAGUCCAAUAAUGUUACGUGAACAAUCUAUUAUACCUCCAAAUGGUGCCAUAAAAACUUAUAAAAACACUAGAGCUCAACUGGUUGAGUUACUUAUAACUCAAUCUAAUUCAAAAGUUGAAACAACUUCAAUAAUUCUUAAAAAUUCAAAUAUUGGUAAAUCAAUUUUAGAAAUUUGGGGUGACAAACUUUAUUUGAAUUAUCCAAAUUUUCCUUACGGUCCUGAUUCUGCAUUAACCCAUAUAUUACAAUGGCAUCCUUUUAUAUUAUCAAAAACUAGUAUCAUACCUCCAAGAACCAUAAGUGCUAAAAAUGGUGAAGUCAAUCCUCAAGAUAAAUUAAGUGAAAAUACGGUCUAUCACAAAGGGGAUUUUGUAGCUCAAUGGUCAGAUUGUGAACAUACUGCUCAAUGUGAAGAACAAUUAGAUAAAUUUUAUGCCAUUUUAGCUGAAAGUAAGAAUAAAUAAAUUUUGAGUUGAAUAUUUAAAAUUUGAAUUUGUU